AUGCAUGUCAUAGGAGAAGUUAUUGAUCAUGGUAACAUAGAAUCGUACAAUCAAGGUGGUAAAACAAGUACCUUUAUGAACUUGGAGCUUGAGGAUCAGGAAUUAGGAAGUGGGCGUGAAGUUAACUUUGAGGGGAUUAGUCAAACAACUUCUCAAUGUAGUUAUUCUGUUUCUGAAGAACUGGCUGUUAGAAAUGUGGAAGUUAAAAAUAUUGGAGAAUUAAUUGAUUUCAUGCAGGAAGGACAAAUCUGGAUUGUUGCUACUGUAGUAAAUUUAGAACUUGAAAGGGGAUGGUCACAUGUAGGGUGCAAAAAAUGUUCGAAGAAAGUUAAUAAAACUGAAAAUAAAUUUUACUGUAAGAAAUGUGAACGUGUUGAUCAGUCUGCUCUGAAAAGGCUUCAGGUUCGAGUAAUUGAUGGAACUGGCUCUAUUUUUUUGUUUCUUUGGGAUCGUGAGGAAACAAAACUCAUUGAAAAGUCUGCUGAUACCUUGAAAGAAGGUGUAGUAGAGCCUAAUCCACAAAGUUCCAAGCUUUUUGAUGUAGAGUUGACUAGUCAAAGUUUCAUUCCGAGGGAUUUUGGGAUAACUAUGGAUAACACUGCUAUUUCAGGGGUUUCCGCGAUUUUUGAUAUUGGGAACAGAUUAGUGCAGGCUACCAUGCUG